AUGGAAACUUUGCUCCUCUCUUUCUGUUCCUCACAUUCUCUAUCUUCCACUCUCUUCCUCUGUCGCUCUCAUCGUCCCCUUUCUCUUUGUCACCCCUUUUCUCUAUCACCACCCCCUCUCUCCCUCUCAGACCAGAAUGAAUGCAUCUCCGCCGAGCUGAAUGACUGCUCCCCAUUGGCGGCUUGCACCAACGAGCCUGGAACUUUCUCCUGCGCUUGUCCUCCGGAGUACACAGAUAUCUCACCUACUGGUGCGGGACCAGGAAGGGUGUGUGAGAAUGGUUCCAUGACCACCAUCGUCAUUAUCUCAAUCGUCAGUGGUGUCAUGUUCGUCCUCUUCGUCGCAUUGCUCUUAUUAUCCCAAGCGAAGAAGGCCAAAUUCUAGAUCGUGCCCGUGGUCAAAAUGCUGAUUGAGUGGUUCGUCGAACAGGUACACGGCGUUCGAAACAGUUCCUAUUAGACCUCUAUGGUUAUGGUUUUGCGGUCUGUCUAAGCUCAUGAAUGAAAUAUCAAGUUCAAUAAUUUGCAUAUGUACCCAUUUUUUUAUUUUACAUUAUUUGUUUGUAUAUUAUUUUUUAAGUAUCGAUUGUAAUAGUAAAUUCAUUAGUUUU